AUGUCAGUCGGUAACAAUAUCCAGAGUUAUGAAUACAAAGAGGUCUCUCAAGAGCUGGACCCUCCUUCAAACGACCCACCUUUAAUACCGUUUUCGAUAAAUGCCACAACCACAAAAACAAGGGCCAUUCAAAGUCUUUCUUUAUGGGCAUAUAAAGAACGAUCUGGUAAAUUGUGGAAAAUAACAGAGAUAGCACCUGAUUUUAGACCAUUGUACGACAGUAGCGGCUAUUUCAUUUUGAAGAAUACUCAACCAGGUGAUGAUAGGUUUGCCAUUGGAUCUUGGAUUGAUAUUGAUCAAAAUCCAACAUUUGUGCAUUUUAAGUUCUUUGACCCUACGGGUUCCAUUGUACUGGAUGGUGAUGUGUUUGACGGUCAAUGGAGAACUGUGCCCACUUAA